AAACAAUAAUAUGUUCCGGAAUCGAAUAUCGGUCGUGCGGCGAGCAAAAAACGGCUCCAAACCCAGCAGCAGCAUUCAAUCGCCGCUGAGCUCAACCAAUGAGGGAGGUGCGACAGGCGAUGGCCCGAACAGUCUGCCGGUAGAACUAGAACAAUCGGGCUUUAGUCGUGCAAGUGAGCUAGUGACACCUGCCUCACCAUCAUCAUCUUCAGUAGCGGCAGACGAGUCGAUCGUGAUGAUGGAACAUGGCAAACUGGUCGAAGGCAUUUGCAUCGACGAAACGGCUUUUACGCUGGACGAUAGCGGUGAAAUUCGGGAGAACGAGCUGCGGCUAACGGUGGAAGAUGAUAACGAUGUUACGAAGGAUCUCGAUUUUAGCCGUACAUCGCCCGCCCUGUUUUCGAUGACCUCACCCAAGCGUGCCCGGAUGAUGCUGGAGAUACAGCGGUCGAUCGAUCGGAACCGAUCCGCCAUGACCGGUCCGGUUAGCAGCUCAACGCCAUUUUUGAUGCCGGCGGUGGAAGGUUCGGGAUUCGGGAGCUCGCUGACGACGACAACGAAGUCGGAGGUUUCGCCGGCCGCUUUGCGGAGCAGUGUGGAUGAAACACCUGUGCCACAGAAUCAACAGCAACUGUGUCAGCAGGAGGGACAGCGAACGCCGUGGAGUGGCCGCUCGGCGGAAAGCCAGUCGAUGCAGGCGGGUGCUUUGAAGCGCCAAUCGAUUGCCGGUGCGAUAGACGAUCUGAACGAGAUGACGGAGGAGCUAAUCGAUUUUAUCAAAGGCUUCGAGGAGAAGUACUCCGCAAUCCAUUAAUGGUGUUCCUUAUGGUUCGAUAGAACUUGAAACAGAGGUUUAUAAAACAGAUGAAUAACGUUGAAACUUGAGGUGGAGCUGAAAAUGUUUCGGAUCGGAUUUUCUAAAUAAACUACACCGGUAGUUGAAGAGAUGUA